GUCAUGGGUGAAGGUGGAACGUAUAUGAAGGCAAUAUGUAUAUAAAUGCGCUGCUAGCGCACAGCACCAGAUAUAGCAUUUGCCUGAUCAUGUGGGACUUUCACUGAACAACUCUCUGAGACCACUGUUUGUAUAAAGGACUGUAGUGAGACCACUGGCUACAAGAUGUUCCUCCUUGAGAUCAGUUACACGUCCUUCUUUGAAGCUACUCUGACCUCAGUCCUAUCAUUGGUUCUGCUGUUGGCUGCUUCUCACCAGCUCUGGUCCUUGAGAUGGCACAGUACCAGAGACAGAGGGAGCACUUUACCCCUCCCCAAGGGUUCCAUGGGGUGGCCAUUCUUUGGAGAAACUCUGCAUUGGCUUGUGCAGGGUUCUAGCUUCCACAGUUCCAGGAGAGAGAAGUAUGGCAACGUAUUUAAAACCCACCUGCUGGGGAAGCCGGUUAUUCGAGUGACAGGGGCAGAGAACAUUCGCAAGAUCUUAUUGGGAGAACACAGCCUUGUCAGCACCCAGUGGCCGCAGAGCACCCAAAUGAUUUUGGGUUCCAAUACGCUUUCCAACUCUAUUGGGGAGCUCCAUCGACAAAAGCGGAAGGUGAUGAGCAAGGUGCUGAGCAGCGCAGCGCUUGAGUGCUACUUCCCUCGGAUCCAAGAAGCGGUGCGCUGGGAGGUGCGUGGCUGGUGUCGGGGUGUCGGCCCGGUGUCGAUGUUCGCCUGUGCCAAAGCCCUGACUUUCCGUAUCGCCUCCCGCAUCCUAUUGGGUCUCAGCCUCACGGACUCGCAGUUUCACGAACUGGCCAGGACCUUCGAGCAGCUGGUGGAGAACCUCUUCAGCCUCCCAUUGGACAUCCCAUUCAGCGGCCUCCGAAAGGGCAUAAAGGCACGUGAUACCCUCCACCAGUACAUGGAAGAAGCCAUAAAAGAAAAAUUAACAAGAAGAGACCCAGAUGCCUGUGAGGAUGCCCUGGAUUAUCUAAUAAACAGCGGCAAGGAAGGUGGCAAGGAAAUCAAUAUGCAGGAGUUAAAGGAAUCUGCCAUAGAACUUUUAUUUGCAGCUUUCUUGACAACUGCGAGUGCCAGCACCUCCCUGGUACUGCUCUUACUGAAGCACCCUUCUGCCAUCCUUAAAAUGCGUCAGGAGCUGGCAUCGCAUGGGUUCAGUAAACAAUGUCAGUGUCUUCCUGAUAUGGAAAACCCAAAUAACAACAUCCUGCAGGAUAACGGGCAUCGGUGUCUGACAGCUGGUUGCCAGUUGCCUCUUCUGAUGGGCACUGAAGGGCAUCUGAAGACCCAAGGGGAACAGACUGAACAACUCACUGAUAAAACUGACCCACAGAACUCCUUAUCCAGUAAGAAUCCCCUUAAAGGAAAAAAUAGAAUCCAGGAGGCACCCUGCAGCCACGAUAAGUCCACUUGCACCCCAGUUCCAGGAAAGCUGCAAAGUCCAGUGAGUGAAGGAACCAGCCAGCAAAACUCCAACUUAGAGAAGAUCAAGAGCCUCCAUUACCUGGAGUGUGUGGUGAAAGAGGUUCUGCGCUUGCUUCCCCCGGUGUCUGGAGGCUACAGAACAGCCCUUCAGACCUUUGAGCUGGAUGGUUACCAGAUCCCCAAAGGCUGGAGCGUUAUGUACAGCAUUAGGGACACCCACGAAACAGCCGCAGUGUAUCAGAACGCAGAAAUGUUUGACCCAGAGAGGUUCAGCAGUGAGAGAGACGAGGGGAAACUGGGCAAAUUCAACUACAUCCCUUUCGGUGGAGGCGUCAGGAGCUGUAUUGGGAAAGAACUGGCAAAAGUCAUUCUCAAAAUCCUGGCCAUGGAGCUGGUAACUACUGCCAAGUGGGAGCUGGCAACACCAAGCUUCCCCAAAAUGCAGACGGUGCCAGUAGUGCACCCAGUGGAUGGACUCCAGCUUUCCUUCAGUUUCCUAAGCUCAAGCGAUCGCGACAGAGCAGCAAGAAAUGGGUCACUUGCCUGAACUUAUUAACACUUAAAUUAUUUUAUCUUUAGUUUCCACGCGGGUUUCUUUUCGGUGUGUAAUGUUCGGUACUGGAACAAAUAAAUAGGAACAAGAGGAAUAAAGACUAUUUAUAAUGUAAUAUUUAUAUGCCUCUUGGCAGAAGAGUAUAGGGUAAUACUAAGCGAUAGGAAUAAAGGCAGCAAUUUUAUUCAUGUGCAUGGUUUUGCAAUUAAUUGUGCAAGAUUUUCUGAAUGAUGCUUGGGGCAUGAGUUUGCAACCCCGGGCCCUGCUGCAAAACAUAUUCACGGGCACCGCCACCCUAUAUGGGACCUUAGCAGACUCCCUGCACUCUAGGCCCUCCUGCAGUCAAGUGUUCAGAGUCCCUCUAGUUAUGCUACUGGAUUCUACUGUUCUAUCCAGAGUGCCAGGAAAUCUCAUCAACAUCUUUGUUCUGCCGUUCUAUACGUUGGCACAUCAGCAGCUAGUGUAACGGCCUUAGCAACCACACAUUAGUUAGAAUAACAGACUGGAAGACAAAUUGAAAGAGGUCUAAAAAGGAACAUAAAUAAUAAUAAGCAAUAAACAUUUUUAUUGCUUUAACCCCCCUUAUGUGAAAUCUGACUCUCUUUAGUGCCUUCUGCACCCAAGCAGUCCUGUGACCAAUCCCAAAAACAUUGGCUUAUGAGCAGAAUAUGGCAUUUUGCACUAUGGUGAUAUGUUUAUGGGGACAUUUAGCAAAUAGUACUGAAUUAUGAAAAUAAAAUUAAUGUUUUAACCCUUUCUCCAAUACAUCCCUACAAUAUGCUUAUUGAGAACUUUAUAUAUAUAGAGAGAGAUGUCAAGUUCCUUUGUGGCACCACAAUAUGCAGCUCUCCAGUAAACUAUAACUCGCAGCAUUCCCCAACAGCCAAAGGUGGUGACUGCAGAUUGGACAGCCCUGAUACACUAUCUUACUUUAAAAAAACACAUUGUUCCUUAGCUGCAGCCAUCUCCAGAUUACUUUCUUUCUAUGUUUGCUUUGUGGGGCCCCUGCUUGCGAGUGCACAAUACUUGUGCUGUACUUCAUAUUGCAUGGAAUUUUGCAUUGAUAUUGCAUUGCUAUCACUGGGUGGUUUGCAUGCCAAAGCAAACUCUUGCUCCCACUCCAUAUUGUGGCCCCUCAUAUUCUUGGCCUUCUUAUGGGAGUAAAGAGAAAGAUUUGUUGAUAAAGACAAAGUAUGUUUUUACUAGGGAUGCACCAAAUCCACUAUUCUAGAUUCGGACGAACGCCCGAAUCCUUCGAAAAAGAUUCAGCCGAAUACCGAACCGAAUCCUAACUUGCAUAGGCAAAUUAGGGUUGGGAAGGGGAAAACAUUUUUUAAUACCUUGUUUUGUGACAAAAAAUCAUGCAAGUUCCAUCCCCAUAUGCAAAUUAGGAUUAGGUUGGGCCUGGGCAGAAGGAUUCGGACGAAUCCUGAACCAAAUCCUGGAUUUAGUGCAUCCCUAAUUUUUACAAAACAUUCUGUACAUAUAAUGUGAAUAUUCAUACCUUAAUUCUUUUAUAAUGAAAUCUAGUCACCCUUUUUUGGCAUACAGCAUGCACUACAAUAUAGACCAGGCCUUAUACAGUUAUUGCAGGAAAUAACGUAACCCUGUACUGGGAAAUAUGACAAUAUUAUAAGUCAGUAAGGAGAGCCAUAACCGCCAAUAUAUCAGGAAUAAAUAUAAAAGCACAAGGAGUAUCAUUAAGCACUAAUUAUACAUAUAUUUGUCCUUUUGUAUGACUGACUGGAGGUAGAGACAGAAGAAAGGUUAAUCUGAAAGAAAAAUAUUUUUAAGUGGAUUUUGCUACAUAGUUACGGUACAUCUCAUCCUGUCUAACUGUUGAACAAAGAAUAACACUGUUUCCAUGUUACUUGCCCUAUGUUUAGUUUUAAAAUAUCCAGUGUUGAUCUACAACUAUUGGUUUAGAGAUGCACAUUCCAUUAAAGGAACAUUAACACCAAAAAAUGAAAAUGUUUUAAAGUAAUGAAUACAUCCUGAGCCUGAGCCUUUCCUCCUUUGAAUGGCUGCCCCCAUUGCGGCACAUCAGCUUAUUUAUAUAAACAUAGGUAGAGUUACAGUGCAGGGCAACAAAAUAUUUUUAUUACUUUAUAACACUCAUUUUUUUGAUGUUACUGCUCUUUUGAAGAAAUGCAAAGUGGCUUGUGCCUAUGAAACCCUGCAUAUUCCAGUGCAUUUGGUAUCCAUGUGCAUUUUGCUUUUGAAUGAUGACUUUACCUUCGUUGCCUGCCGAAUGCUGCAAAUCUGCAAUUUAGUAUGAUAAAUCUCAGCUAUUAAGCACUGGGUAUAAUGGCCGCUGUGUAUAUAAUGAAGUCUGGGGCAGUCCUGCUGCUAGUUUAAUUCCUUUUAACAGUCAUUUUUACAAUAAACCAGUUCUUCUCUUCUAUCUGAAGUCAAAGCCAUUAAACAUUAUUUGCAGCCACCAGAAAGACUCAAAUCUGCAUUAUCCUUUUUUUUUAUGUUAAAAACAAUAAAUUAAAAAUAGAAACCAA